AUGGCCAAGGUGAAGCAGGUGGGUUUGCUGGCAGCAGGCUGUCAGCCCUGGAAUAACGAUGUAUGUGCUGCAAGUGGAGACCGCUUUGCUUACUGUGCUACUCUUGCCAUAUACAUCUACCAGUUGAACCAGCAGUACAAUGAAUUCAAGUUGAGGUCUAUCAUGUCAGAACACAAAAAAACUAUAACAGCCAUCAGUUGGUGUCCUGAUAAUCCGGAUCUGUUUGCAUCAGCUUCAGCUGAUAACCUGCUCAUUGUGUGGAAUGUCGCUGAGCAAAAGGCUGUAGCGCGGCUGGACAACACUAAAGGUAUCCCGACAGCAGUCAGUUGGUGCUUGAAUUCAUCUGAUGGCGUGGCAUUUGUCUCUCAACGUGGCCCACUCUACAUUUGGGUCUAUGACAAUCCUGACUCUGGAGUGACUGUACAUAAAGAGGCCCAUUCUUUUCUGUCUGAUAUCUGUCUCUUCAGAUGGCACCCCACCAAAAAGGGGAAGCUGGUAUUCGGACACACAGAUGGCAGUUUGUCUAUUUUUCAGCCAGGUUGCAAGAGUCAAAAGCAUGUGUUACGUCCUGAAUCAUUGGAGGGAACGGAUGAAGAGGACCCAAUCAGUGCCCUGGAAUGGGACCCUUUAUCAACAGAUUACUUGUUAGUGUCCAACCUCAAUAAUGGCAUCAGGCUGGUGGACAGUGAGGCCUUGUCUUGCAUUACGUCCUUCUGCUUCCCCUCAGCAGCUGCAUCAGUUCAGUGCCUUGCAUGGAUUCCCUCUGCCCCAGGCAUGUUCAUCACCGGAGACUCCCAGGUUGGAGUACUGAGGAUAUGGAAUGUGUCUCGCUCCACGCCUUUGGACAGUUUCAAACUGAAGAAGACAGGCUUUCAUGCUUUACAUGUCCUCAACACUCCCCUUGCAAAAAAAGCUCGGAGUUCCUGUUCUUACGGUAAAAGUCAGCACACCAGCUCUACCAGUGAGGCAGUACCGCCCCCAACCUUGUCCCAGAAUCACUCCUUCUCUUUGCCUCCUGGCCAUGCAGUGUGCUGCUUUAUGGAUGGUGGCGUGGGGCUUUAUGACAUGGGCGCUAAGAAGUGGGACUUUCUACGAGACCUGGGCCAUGUCGAAACCAUCUUUGACUGCAAAUUUAAACCGGAUGACCCGAACUUGUUGGCUACAGCUAGUUUUGAUGGAACCAUCAAAAUCUGGGAUACAAACACACUGACAGCAGUUUACACCUCCCCUGGCAAUGAAGGAGUGGUUUACUCUUUGUCCUGGGCUCCAGGUGACCUAAACUGCAUUGCCGGAGGAACAUCUCGCAAUGGAGCUUUCAUUUGGGACAUCAGGAAAGGAAAGAUAAUCACACGCUUUAAUGAGCAUGGAAAAAAUGGUAUAUUUUGUAUAUCCUGGAGUCACAAAGAUUCAAAACGAAUUGCCACCUGUAGUGGUGAUGGUUUCUGUAUCAUUCGGACCAUUGAUGGUAAAAUCCUUCACAAGUACAAACAUCCUGCUGCAGUUUUUGGUUGUGACUGGAGCCAAAACAACAAGGAUAUGAUUGCAACUGGUUGCGAGGAUAAGAAUGUUCGCGUGUAUUACUUGGCCACCAGCUCAGACCAGCCGCUCAAAGUCUUUACAGGACACCUAGCUAAAGUAUUUCAUGUCCGCUGGUCUCCACUCAGAGAAGGGAUACUGUGUUCUGGAUCAGAUGAUGGUACUGUUCGGAUAUGGGACUACACACAGGAUGCGUGUAUCAAUGUGCUGAGUGGUCAUACAGCACCAGUCAGAGGUCUGAUGUGGAACACAGAGGUUCCGUACCUGCUAAUUUCCGGCUCAUGGGAUUAUACAAUCAGAGUUUGGGACACAAGAGAUGGCAACUGCCUGGACACAGUCUAUGACCAUGGUGCUGAUGUCUAUGGUUUAACAUGUCAUCAGAGUCGUCCCUUCACCAUGGCUAGUUGUAGCAGAGACAGUACAGUAAGGCUGUGGUCUCUUACACCUCUCAUCUCACCUCUGCUUCUAAACAUUCUCACUGAUCAACCUUGGGAGAAGAUAAUUGGAAACACUGACAAAGCUAUGGUUCCAGGCGCUCCACCAUUGCUCUGUGGUAAAGUGUCAAGAGACAUCAAACAAGAGCUGGAGAAACUAAGCUCUGACACCACUGCCAAGAAGCUGUGUUGGUUCUCUGAAUGCUGUUUGCCUCCAGGGGGAAGCAGCAACCUAUGGGACUUGGUAUUUGUGAUUAAUGGACAGGAUGACUCACUGCUACCGGGCAGAUACAGCAAGGGCGUAAUGCACAUGAAACACCUACUCAAGUUUAAAACGUCUGAAGCACAAGAAUUGACCAUUGUCAAGAUGUCCAAAUUUGGAGGUGGUAUUGGUGCUCCUAGUAAAGAAGAGCGUCUUAAAGAAGCAGGAGAUAUUCAUCUACGGCUUGGACAGAUUCAGCGAUACUGUGAAUUAAUGGUGGAGCUUGGACAGUGGGAGAAAGCCUUAGCUGUAGCACCAGGAGUAUCCAUGAAGUACUGGAGAAAACUGAUGCAAAGGAGAGCUGAUCAACUGAUAGUGGAGGAUAACGAUGAUGCAAUCCCUUACUGCAUUGCCACUGGAGACAUCAAUAAGCUUGUAACAUUUUUCACUGGCAGAGGACAACUGCUUGAGGCAUUACUAGUUGCUCAGGGGGCGUGUGAGGGGAACAUACGUACACCUCAGACCUCCUCUGUCAACCAUAAGACUAAUGAUGUGGAAAACAGACAACCAUACCAAAGUCUCCUUCAUGACGUAUGUGCACAACUGGCUGAGUGGUACUUUCAAGAUGGCUGCUCUGUUCUGGCUGCGUGCUGCUACCUAGCAGUUGAUAAUGUCAAGUUGGCCAUGUCUAGUCUGAUAAGAGGUAAUGAGCUGGAGCUGGCUGCGUGUGUGGGUAUUGUCCUUGGAGAGACAGCUGUUCAGAGUACGGCAUACUGUCUUGAGCUCUUGGCCAGGAAGUAUAUGACCCCACUAACAUGGGAGCUCUCAGUUGACCUGCUUAAAAUGAUUCCUGACAACAAUAUUUUACUGGCUAAGGUCUGUGCAUUUUACCCUGGAAGUACUGCAGAAAUCAACCAAUUACAUGAAAGGUGUGGUCUCCCAUCAUUAGAAGAGUGUAGUGCCUUGGCAGAGGAAUCCAUGAGUAAAGGAGAUUUGUUGUCAGCGAUUAAAUUUCACCUACUGACCUCUGAACCAGAGAAUGCCCUUCAGAUAGGAAUCGAUCAUGUCAAAGAACAGCUGACUGAAUGUGACUGGACAGUGGAGAGUAUUCAUCCAAUCCUUGACCUGUUGAGUUACAUCAGAACAGAACACCUCCUCAUGGCCAAGUUAGCCAAAGCCCGCAGUGAGCUGUUGAUCCUGUGUGGUUACAUUGGUGGCCUGCUUGCCAUAAAGAGAGAGUACUCCAGCAUCGUACCUGCACUUUAUGAAUACACCAGCCAGUUACUUAAGCGAAGAGAAGUAAGCGUUCCUCUGAAGAUUGAGCAGCUGUCGCUUGAGCUAGAUGCUUGGCGGGCAUGCACUCAGAGUAGCAGCAAGUAAGUACAAUCCUUAAUAUAGAAAAACAAACAAUCCUCUAAAACCAAACAAUCUGUAUUUAAAACACAUUUUAUUUUUUCCCCAUUAGUCUCAUGUGGUGCUGAUUAUGUGACAGGCUCCAAUCUCCCAAGUCAUUCUGAUGUUCAGCUUUCCUGUUUUACUGGUCAAAGAAUACAGGGUCCAGUAUUCUUACUUGAGGAUGGCAAAUCAGCUAUUUCCCUGAAUGAUGCUCUGAUGUGGGCAAAAGUCAACCCCUUCUCCCCACUUGGCACAGGAGUUCGCAUUAAUCCCUUCUAA